ACAUCUUCUGCAAGCGGUCCAAGUGCUCCUGACCUAGCUGAGCUUCUGGGAAGAUUUCGUCACCCCGAAAAGCAGUCUCAGGCUUUCCCAGAGAACUGGAAAGGCUUUCUUCCCCCCUACCCCCAAGAACGAUCCGCUGCAAACUGCAAGAAAGUUUCCUCCUCGUUCAACUUCACGAGUUUGGGGUGGGGUGGGGAGGAAUGACUUUUUCCUGAGCAUCACUUCCACUGCAUCUGGGCAAGGGAAAGGACAUCAGCCUGGCUACCCAGCAGAACCCAAGGCAGGGUCCCACACAGUGUCCUCUGGCCACUAACUGACUGCACGUGAGUCGCUCCGUCUGUGUCUUACUCACUCCUGGGAGCCCCGCAAAGCGGCAGCGUGGAUGAAGUCGGCCUGCAGACCCCACGGCCCUCCGGCGGGAGCGCGCGGCGCGCCCCCGUGCGCGGGCACAGCCGAGCGCGCGGUCUCGUGCGCGGGGCCCGGGCGGCUGGAGAGCGCGGCGCGCAGGCGCCUGGCGGCCAACGCGCGCGAGCGGCGUCGCAUGCAGGGGCUGAACACGGCGUUCGACCGGCUGCGCCGGGUGGUGCCGCAGUGGGGCCAGGACAAGAAGCUGUCCAAGUACGAGACACUGCAGAUGGCGCUCAGCUACAUCGUCGCGCUCACCCGCAUCCUAGCCGAAGCCGAGCGGGACUGGGUGGGGCUGCGCUGCGAGCAGCGGGGCCGCGAUCACCCCUACCUCCCAUUCCCGGGUGCUAGGCUCCAGGUUUCGUGAGUGGACAUCACGAAUGACUUUGGACUGCUGUGAAAAUAAUGCUCUGUUCCUUUUAGCCUAAGACACAGGACUGGGGUCUAGCCGAGUUGGUAGAGGGCUUGUCUUGCAUGUAUAAAAGUGGGUUGAGUCCCAGCUGCCGCGUAGGCAGAGCAUGGUGAUGCACGGCCUGCAAUCCUAGCGUCAUUCAGGAGGUGGAGAAAUAUAUAUAUAAGAUCCCGUGUCAAAAAAAAAAAAAAAAUGAAUAAGACUGGUACUAAACCAUCAGACUUACCUUCUUAAACUUUGCAAGUUUGUCCUCAUUGGGAGAAGUUAUAUUAUGUGAAUUAUGUUCUGAGCAGCUACCUUGUGGUGUAAAUGCAUUUAUGCUCCAUAUAUUGUGUGUGCAUGCAUCAGGUAGAGUAAGACUUUUUUUUUUCCAGGUCGAGGGUUGGGUUGGUAGAGUACUUGGGCAUGAGUGCUCUGUAUUUUUUUAACUGUACACAUUAAAAUAUAGAUUUUGUAAAAUAC